AUGGCAGCAGUCGCCACCGAUGCAGCCAAAAAGGACACCAAAAAGGACACACUCGACGGAUUUCUGCGGUACAAUGCCUACCCAUCGCGCACCUUUGCCGCGCGCGGCCUAACCGUUCCCAAACUCGGCCGCCCGACAGAGGUGCGCUCUGGAGGAUCACCAUUCAUCCGUACCCUCGCCUUUAAUAACGACGGAACCCGCUUGGCGGUCGGACACGAAACGCGCGUACUCCGCCUCUAUCCCGUUGCCGCGGGGGUCAUCACCGACAGGCCAACAAGCCUCCCUCCCAAGGGAGAGAGCCCGCACCGCGGUAACGUCGGCAGCCUGGCGUGGUCGCCUACCGACUCCAACAUCCUCGUGUCAGGAUGUAAAGGCGCGCGCGGUGACUCUGUCGUCGCAGUGUGGGACGUUUCUGCGGGCACAGCAACGCAGUUCAGCAUACCUGGCGACGUGCUGCACGUCGCCUUCCAUCCGUCAGGGCGGCAUUUUGCGGCGGUGUGUCCGCGCAUCGAGCGGGAUGUAGUGUUCUUCUACCACCUCAAGGACGGGGUGUGGGCUAAGCGCGAGGACGUGCAGAUUAACGGCGCGGGGGUACCCGGCGGAGAGGAGCAAGUCAACUCGUUCCGUUUCGGGAACGGAGGCGGGUCCGGCCUAGCCGUGAACCAGGACGGCGCGCUCAACACGUGGUUCUACCCCGUCGACGAGAUUGUGCGGGGCCAGACGGCCGAGCGACCGGCCAAGCGCGCGCGUACCGAGGAGAAGGAGGAGGCUGAGGAAGAGGCCGAGGUUGUGGAGAGGGAGCCGACACCCGAGGCGCCAGAGGUGAUCGUGGUGCCCGAAACUGAGGGCGAGGGAGAGGGAGAGGGAGAGGGCGAGGGAGAGGGCGAGGGCGAGGGAGAUGGAGAUGGAGAGGGAGAGGGAGAGGGAGAGAGGACCGGUGAAGGAGAGGGAGAGGUGGUUGCGGAAGACGAGACGGGCGAAGGCGAAGGCGCGGAGGGCGACGAAGCGGACGGGACGGACAAGCCGGAAGGAAAGGCCGACGACGACGAACCAGCCCGGCAAGCAGAGUCCAGCGCCGCCGACGCCGCGACAGACGGCGACGCAGCCAUGGCCGACGCGUCUCCCGCCCCUGCGUCCCCUGCCGAGCCAGCUCUCCCUACUCCUGCACGCACCCCAGCACCCGGCACUCCUGCACCCGCCACCCUAUCCGCCGGAGCACUCGCCGCGUCCACCCAGCCUUCCCGCGCACCCUCCCCUACACAAUCCGAGAAAGAUGCUGCCUCCGCCGUAGCCCGCGCCGCACGCGAAGCCCACACGCGCCAAAUCCAGCUCGAGCGAGGCCCCAGAAAGGGCGUGUCCAUCGGCCUCUCUCUUGCAUUAGCCGUCGACCCUCGUGGACGAUACUACGCGGUUGGCGGGCACGACGCGCGUCUUUCCCUCCUCUCCACAACCACAUUGGCGGCCACAAGGACGUGGGACGAGUACGCCGCCCCCGUCCGCCACCUGUCGUUCAGCACCGACGGCGAGUUUCUCGCGGUUGGCGGCGAUGAGGCCGUCAUCACCAUCUUCGCUGUUGGCAACGGGGAAGUGAUCGCUCGCAUCCCUUGUAUGGGCCAUGCGACCGCGCUAUCCUGGCAUCCGGGCAACGUGCUUGCGUACGCGACCAACGCAAAGAACCGUGGGGUUGGGUGGUGGUACGUCACUGUCGAUUUGUAG